CCCUUCAAAGUUCAAACCCAAAGGCCUUCCUUCAGACUCAAAACGUGAAUUCACCAUCCGACGUUUCUCCCCGAAGUCCUGCGGAAUCGCCUUUCGUGCCGCCUCAAGCUGAUACCCUGCCGUGAUAAUCUGGAACUUUGAAACCGCCGUCAUUCUCGUUCUGGUCUGGUGUUCCGGCUGGUAUUUGGCCGAACCGUGCUGGGGACUGAUAUCUAGGGUUUCCUUUGUUUGGUUGUGUGAUUAUUUUGUUUUUCGAACGUUGGUUUUACGAGGACGUUAUUUCCAUCUAUAUUAGAUUCCUGCAGGGGGCUAUCUCUCUGUCUUGUUCGCAAUGGGGGCAGAUUUGGCUGAAUCUAGGCGUGGGAGAAGUGUUGAGACGAGCGACCAGGAUGACAUGCCUAUGAGGGAGAGGUGGACAGGGGAGUAUGAUGAUUUGGAAGGAAAUGAACAGGAUGAAGUACGAGACUCCGAGAAGUAUAGAAGCAAAGAUAAGAAUAAAAACAGUGGCAGAAGAGAGGAGAAAGAGCAUAGGACUAAGGAUCAUGAAAAGUCAAAGGCACUUGACGGUUUGAAGGAAAGGGAGAAAGAGGAUAAGGAUUCUGAUAAAGAUCGACUGUCCAGUAGGGAUAGGAGGACGGAGGACAGAGAUGAGCGGGAAAAGGAUAAGGCCCGGGAAAGGGGCCGGGAGAAGGAUGCUGAUCGUGAGAAGCACAGGGAAAAGGAGAAAGAUAAAGAACGAAAGGACCGGGCAAAGGAGAAGGAGCGAGAACGUGAGAGGGAUAAAGAGCUGGAGAAGGAUGCUGACAAAGGACGGGAAAAAGAGAGGGGAAAAGAAAAGAGCAGAGAUAGGGAGAAGGAAAGGGAUAGAACAAAAGAUAGGGAGCGAGAAAAGCAUAGAGAUAGGGAGAGGGAAAAGGAAAAUGGUAGAGAUAGAGGUAAAGAUACAGCUGACAGAGAGAAGGGGAAGGAGAGAAAUAGGGAGAAAGAAAAGCAAGCUGAUCAAGAAAAGGACAGAGCAAGGGACAGAGAGAGAAGUAGUCGUAAACAGAAGGAUGAAAGUCAUGACAGGAGCAAGGAUACGGACAAAGAUGGCCACUCAAGAUUGGAGAAUGAUUACUCUCGUGAUAAGCAGUCUACUAAGGAGCUCGCAGAUAAUUCUGAUGAUGAGAAUGAUUCCAAAAUCCUCAAGCAUCAAGAGAAGGCCGAUACAGCGAUUGCUGGAUCUCGCCAAUCAGCUUCAGAGUUAGAGGAUCGCAUUUCUAAAAUGAGAGAAGAAAGACUGAAGAAGCCGUCUGAAGGAGCUUCUGAGGUUUUAGCUUGGGUAAACAGGAGCAGAAAGCUUGAAGAGAAAAGGACUGCUGAAAAGGAGAAAGCUUUGCAGCUUUCUAAAAUUUUUGAGGAGCAGGACAACAUGAAUGGUGGAGAAAGCGACGAGGAGGCAGCAGCUGAACACACAACACAGGACUUAGGGGGGGUCAAAAUUCUUCAUGGGCUUGACAAAGUACUUGAAGGUGGGGCCGUGGUUUUGACGCUCAAAGAUCAAAGCAUACUUGCCGAUGGGGACAUCAAUGAAGAGGUUGACAUGCUUGAAAAUGUUGAGAUUGGAGAGCAGAAACGAAGGGAUGAGGCUUAUAAGGCUGCAAAGAAGAAAACUGGAAUUUAUGAUGACAAGUUCAGCGAUGAACCCGGUGCUGAGAAGAAAAUACUUCCACAGUAUGAUGAUCCGGUUGCAGAUGAGGGGGUGACGCUUGAUUCCAGUGGACGUUUCACUGGUGAAGCUGAAAGGAAAUUGGAAGAGCUUCGGAGAAGGAUUCAGGGGGUUUCGACCAGCACUCGAGGUGAAGACCUUAAUUCAACUGCGAAGAUAUUAACAGAUUAUUAUACCCAAGACGAAAUGACAAAGUUCAAAAAGCCAAAGAAAAAGAAGUCUUUGCGGAAAAAGGAGAAGCUGGACUUAGAUGCCCUUGAAGCAGAGGCUAGAUCUGCUGGUUUGGGCGCUGGGGAUCUCGGUUCACGGAAUGAUGGAAGAAGGCAAAAUCUUAGGGAGGAACAAGAGAAGAUUGAGGCUGAGAUGAGAAGAAAUGCUUAUGAAUCAGCAUAUGCUAAAGCAGAUGAGGCAUCUAAAGCACUUCGUCAAGAGCAAGUACCUGCAAUGCAGACAGAAGAAGAUGACGCACCUGUUUUUGGUGAUGACGAUGAUGAGCUCAGGAAAUCCUUGGAGAGGGCAAGAAAAAUAGCGUUGAAAAAGCAAGAUGAGGAAGAAAAAUCUGCUCCGCAGGUGAUAACUCUCCUUGCCACUUCCUCCGCCAAUGAUUCAACAACAGAAAAUCCAAAUUCAGGCUCUGUUGAUCAACAAGAGAACAAAGUUAUCUUCACAGAGAUGGAAGAAUUUGUCUGGGGUUUGCAGCUUGAUGAAGAAGAGAAAAAUCCUGAAAGUGAAGAUGUUUUCAUGGAGGAAGAUGUGGCACCAAGUACCUCUGAUCAGGAAAUGAAGGAUGAAGCUGGUGGUUGGGCUGAGGUAAAAGAAACCAUGAAAGAUGAGACUCCUGCAAAGGAGGAAAAAGAGGAGGUUGUACCAGACGAGACAAUACAUGAAUCUGCAGUUGGGAAGGGUCUAGCUGGUGCUCUCAAGCUUCUGAAAGAUCGGGGAACACUGAAGGAAACUAUCGAAUGGGGUGGUCGAAAUAUGGACAAGAAGAAAAGCAAACUUGUUGGCAUUUAUGACAAUGAUGCGGCAAAAGAAAUACGGAUUGAGAGGACAGAUGAGUAUGGACGAAUCUUGACACCAAAAGAAGCCUUUCGGCUACUUUCACACAAGUUCCAUGGAAAGGGGCCUGGAAAGAUGAAACAAGAAAAGCGCAUGCGGCAGUAUCAGGAAGAAUUGAAGGUAAAGCAGAUGAAAAAUGCAGAUACACCAUCUCUUUCAGUGGAGAGAAUGAGGGAAGCUCAAGCUAAACUACAAACACCAUAUCUUGUUUUAAGCGGGCAUGUAAAGCCAGGGCAAAGUAGUGAUCCGAGAAAUACUUUUGCAACUGUAGAGAAGGACUUUGCUGGAGGCUUGACCCCCAUGCUUGGUGAUAAAAAGGUCGAGCACUUCUUAAAUAUCAAGCGCAAGCCUGAGCCUGGAGAUACUGCUUCUCAAAAGAAGCCUAAAACUUGAGACCUCAGCCAUUGUGUGUGCAGACUGAGGCAUUCAGUAUGCAUGUAGUGUUGGAGCUACCAGAUUGCCGGAAUCAGUAGUCUGUUAAGCAAAGAUAUCAAUUUGUGACCUACCCCUUUCCUGUUUUCUGCAACGGAGUAAAAAGUUAAAUGUUUUACAAACUUAGAAAGGAUCAGGAUCUCAUACACUCAAUAUUGAUAAUGUUACAUGUUCUUUUAUAUUUCACAUCUCUGAAGUCGGGAAUUGCAGUGUUAUAUGAGGUUACUGACU